CUAUGAAUAGUCAUAGGUGAGAUUGGUUUUUACCACUCAACAAUAAUGUCACUUUUUUAAGAGAUAUCAAGGCCACAAUUUUGACUUCAUAGUGGAACUAGUGAUGCAAGUUUGCUAUCUAGAGGCCCAAUAUAUGGCACCUCCCCCAAGCAAGAGGACCCAUCUCGAUGUUGAAGUAUCACCUUUAACAUGAGAAAUCCAACUAACAUCAACAAAUCUUUCCAAAAUAGAUGGAAAGUCACUAUAAGUCAAUACAAUGUGUCUUUGAGAUAUCCUAGUACACGCCUCAUUUCAUUUCAAAUUAUGAGCACUAGGAUUCCUCAUGUAAUGACUUAAUUUUUUCUAUCGCAUAUGCGAUAUCAAGCAUCAUGCAAGUCAAGCAUACAUCGAGCCCCUAAUUUAACCAUAAUUUCCAUACUUGGAUCCAUUGGGGUCCUUAACUCACGACAAUUCCUACUAUGGAAUUUUUGCAAGAACCUUCUCAAUGCAGAAAAAUUGAGAGAAGAAAUCUUUUUUGUCGUUCCGCUUGAUUCAAUACACAUAAUCACAUUUUCCUCCCUCAUGUCCCACAAGGGAAUUCAUAUGGAAAAAAAAAAUCCUUUCCAUAAGGUCUACUUAUCUUUGAUUGGUCCCAAAGAUAAGCAUAUCAUCUACAUACAAACAUAUGAUGACUCUAUACCAAAAUUAUCAAAACGUUGUAUAUAUACUUUUGUCUCUUUGGUUUAAAAUAACAUAAACCACUAAACAAAAUCACACCAUCAAACCACUUAGACAAAACAAAAUUUGUCUAAGACUUUGUAAAUAUCAAAUAGAGAAUCAGACAAAUUUUACUAUUGAGUAUGAGACCUACACAAAGGUAAUUGUCAUUCUCCUAUUUCUUUAUUUUACGAAGCAUCCUUCUUCUUCCUCAUCUUUGUCUCCUUCCUCUUCCAAGUUACCUUUCACACAUGGAAACACCUUGAGUAAGUAAGAAGAAAACACAUCUUCUACUUCCAUCGAUGAAAAUUCUCAUCAUAAAAAAUUCUCAAGAUUUCCAUAGACCAGAAUCGGUUUCUUGUAAAGAGGAGUUCGAGCCAUCAUACUAGAAAAAUAUUCUUUACGAUUGUUGAGACUUUUGGGACGAGGGUAUACGUACGAUACCCCGAUACCGGGUGACUAGGAUUAUGAUAGAGUCGUGAACAACGUUCACUUUUUGUAAAGAAUAUUUCCACCCUCUACAAAGUCUUGGAUUGCAUGAAAUUUCUUUGUAGAAUAAAACUAUCACCACUUUACUUUUCACGCUCAUGUACCUAAAGUAUACUUAAAAUGAAGAAGAAUGGAUUUUGGUGUACUUGCAUUGUGCGCCGUAUGCUUUAUUUAUAGACAUGAAACAUUUACUAUUGCUUCGUGAAUCAAGGCUUGGGCUGUUAAUUAACUGCCAUCCCCAAAUGUUGUCAUUAUCACAAUAAAGCUAAUCACCAUGGUCAAACGUUGCAUUUGAUAAGUAUCAUUUCCCAAACGUUGCAUGAUUACCUGUAAAGCAAGGCAGCCCUUGAUUAAAUGAAAUCAUCACUUAAAAUCACCAAGAGUAAUUAACCGCCAUACUAAACCAACGUAGCCAGGCCAUGAACUCAUGGUAUCAUGCAAUUGAUUUAAACCGGAGCAAACUUAUUAGUUUAAAUCAAAACCGGUUCAAUCAAAUUUCCAACAUUUCAUUCUAGCGAUCCUAGAAUUUUGGAGGAAGUCUGGCAGCAAGAUUUGAGAGGCUCUUCUAUUAAAAAAGUCAACAAGAUUUGAAACCGGCUUAGAUUCAAACACUGAUAUCCCCAACUGAGAAUAACAUUUCCGUAGACACAAGACGGUUGUGCAUAAAUAUCAUGCUUUGCAAAAAAGCAGAAUAAAGCUUCUACAAGCAGAAAGCUAUGAUGAAUUGGUUGGCUUUAGGAAACAGGAACGCAACGGUCUUGCACCAAACUAUCAAAGUGAGAAGGGUUAGAAAACAAAUAAGGAAAUUGGUUUUGAAAUAAGGGAAGGAGGUGCAUGAUACUGAAAGAAUUGUUCCUAAAGCUAUUCAGCUUUGUAAACAUCAAGGUUUUCAACACGCGGGUUGAUCCGGAUCCGGUUGAGCUAGUGGGUAAAGGGUUAACGGGUCACCCGUUUUAGCCCGUUUUAGAUCGAAAAUAUGGAAAUAGUCAUUAUAUUGAACUUAUCCUGAUAAAUUAUAUAAAAUCUCAUCUAACAUAUGAGUAAUAACAUAUAACAUUACACCAAGAUAACAUGUCUUACUUAGAUCAAACAUAUAGUGAAAAUUCACACACCCUUAUAUAACAUCAAUAUUCAAAUGUUCAACCAAGGAUUCCAAAAAAUUGAGUUAGGCGAAAAGAAAAAUCGGAAAAUAGGCGCAUUUCGUAAACAAAAAAAAAUGAUACAAUUUGACCUCCAACCCGAUACCUUGUAGUGGUCGACCCGACGGGCGCGUGCGACCCGUUUUUCUCACCGGGGCAGGGUCAAAGUGGGUCGACCCGCGAGUUGACAACCAAUCAACACCUAUUUGGACAAGUCGUGAAUGAAGAAGUUAACUCUGACCUAGAUAUAUUGGAGGAUCCUACUGACAACAGGCCGAAUGGAGAGGGAAGGGAUAAUUUUUUUUUUUUUUAUCCAAGAUAAGCCCCAAGGCAUGGCCGGCAACAAAAGACAAAACAUAUAAUAAUAAAGAACGGUAAUCCGUAUGCAACCGGAUUCCCGAUGAAAGAGCCUGUUAUGCCACUAGGUGGGCAGCUCUGAGAAAGCUCCAAGGAGCGAAAAGACACGAAACUGACACGAGGGGCAGAAAGAGAGAGAAAAGAAACUUCCCUGAAAGUGGCUCAUGCACUGGGAAGAGAAUGCUUCCUCGAUGUAGGAUCCAUGUUGAUUAGUUGAAAAACCCCGCAAUAUGUAACAAUCAAUACAUUAAGUGUAAGAUACAAUCACAUAGCCUCACUAAAGACAAGCAAUUUGAUAUGAUCAUCGAUAAUAUCAUAAUAGAAUUAUGAAAGUCAAAUGGAAUACUUCCAUCGCCUGAGAAGCCGACCGAGUCAGUUGUACAUCCUUGAAAAUUCUUUGUAAUUGUAGGGCUUGUUGAAACUAAACUGGAACAGUGUUCGGACAUGAUUGUGAGAAAUAUAUUCGGCAGAAGGAGUUUCAGUUGGGUUUCUAAACCAGCGAUUGGCAGUGCUGGGGGGAUUCUUAUUAUUUGGGAUUCGUCUUUGUUCAGCAAGCAAUCAGAAAAGGUAGGCAAUUACUGUUUGUGUGUGGAAUUCCAGGAUAUUUCUUCUUCAAAAGUUUGGCAUCUGUUAGUCGUAUAUGGUCCGCAGGAUCGUAGGGAUAAGCUCUUAUUUCUUGAAGAGAUCACCGGCUUCUGUCAAGACGCUCAUGGCCCGAUCUGUAUUGCUGGCGAUUUCAACUUAGUUAGAAGCCAUGAAGAUUACAUUGGUGUUAGGCGCAGCCCGGAUCUUAUGGCUGAAUUCAACCUCUUUAUCGACAACAAUGCCCUGAUUGAUCUUCCUUUGGGAGGGAGCAGAUUUACUAGAAGUGGAGGAUUUGGGUCUGGUUCUCUCUCUCAAAUUGAUCGGGUUCUGCUCUCUGUUGACUUUGAUAUAUUAUAUUCUGAUUGCUCGCUAUCUGCCCUCGAGAGGUUUGAUUCUGAUCAUAACCCGCUUCUGCUUAAAUGGGGAGAUGUUGGGAGAAUCAAAAGGCCUUGGCGGUUUGAAUCCAUGUGGCUGGAAGAUGAAAGGUUCUUCAGAGAUAUUCCGGGUUGGUUUGAGACUAGUUUAUCUGGCUCUGGUUUGAUUUUUCGCUGGUCUAAACGGCUUCAGGAUCUGAAAUCUAAGCUCAAAGUGUGGAACAAGGAGACUUUUGGCAAUAUUAAUACCAGAAUUGAAGUGCUGCUCCAGGAAAUUAAAAACCUCGACAUUCUGGAAGAAAAUGGGGAUAUUUCCAGUGAUGAUCAGUGCCUCAGGAACAGUCUUAAGAUUGAUCUUGAAAAUUUACUUACACUCCAUGAGAUCAGCUGGAGACAAAAGUCGAGAGAACUCUGGUUAAAGGUGGGAGAACGCAAUUCGGGCUUCUUUCAUAGAGCUGCGAACUACAGAAGGAAAGUAAACUACAUUAAUCUGAUUAAAAUCAAUGGCAUCCCAGUUGAAGGCAGAGAGGAACUGUCUCGGGCGGUGGUUACUCAUUAUCAGAAUCUUUUCCUCGACAAGUUUCACUCACGCCCUUUCCCUAGAUACUAUAUGGAUUGCAGGCUUUCGGAAUUGGAUAAGAAUCUUCUAACUCAACAUUUCUCUGAAGCGGAAAUUCUUGCGGCUUUGAGAGACAGCGAUGGUGGCAAAGCCCCGGGCCCUGAUGGGUUUCCAAUGGAGUUCUACAAAAGAUGCUGGGAUUUGUUGAGGCCAGAGAUUCUCAGUGCUUUUGGUGAAUUUUAUGAUUCAGGCUACCUCCCAAAAUGUGCUGCACAUUCCUUUAUUUGCUUGACUCCCAAGAAAGACACGAUUGAGGAUAUUAAAGAUUUGAGACCGAUUAGUCUCUUGGGCAGCAUUAAUAAGCUCCUCAGUAAAGUUUUGGCUCGAAGGUUGGGUCUGAUUUUACCUAAGGUGGUCUCUAAGUUCCAACACGCUUCAGUCUGUGGCAGACAGAUUUCGGAAGCCGGAUUGAUAGCUAAUGAGCUGGUGGAUAGCCGGAAGAAAAGUCGAAAACCUGGAUUGAUGUUCAAGCUUGACAUCGAGAAAGCGUUUGACAAUGUUAACUGGAACUGCCUCUUUAAAGUUCUCUCGACUUUGGAUUUUCCGACGAAGUGGUUGAGAUGGAUGAAAGGUGUUAUGUGCUCCCCCAUGUACUCUAUCCUUAUUAAUGGUGAAGCCAAAGGCUUCUUCCCUGCUCAAAAAGGGUUAAGGCAAGGCGGUCCUCUUUCGCCUGGUCUUUUUGUGCUUAUCAUGGAUAUUCUUUCUUUUAUGAUUGUUCGACUUCAGCAGGAAGGAAAGGUUAAAGGUUUUUGUAUGGAUGAAGAUCAUGGGCUGGGGGAAGUCUCUCAUUUGUUGUUUGCAGACGACUCUCUUAUCUUCUGCGAUGCCUCUCAAGAUCAGGUUCUCAAUAUUUUGGCUACUCUGGUGUGUUUCCAGGCAGUCACGGGGCUGAAAAUCAAUCUUGAUAAAUCUGUUAUGUACACUAUGGGAGAUGUCCCGGAACCAAGUUUUUUCGCUUCUAUUUUCGGAUGUAAAUGGAGUCGGGAUCCAUCUGUUUACCUCGGAUUUCCCUUGGGAGCUAAGCCGAAUGGGGUGAAUAUCUGGGAUCCUCUCGAGGACAGUUAUAGGAAGAAACUCCAAGGAUGGAGGGGGAGGCAUUUGUCCUUUGGGGCUCGGAUGGUCCUGAUUAAAUCGAUCCUAUCUAGCAAACCGGUUCACCUCUUCUCUUUGCUUAAAGCUCCCAGACGCACCACAAAUAGACUUGAGCAAAUUCAGAGGCAAUUCUUGUGGCAAGGGACUGGGGAUGAUCACAAGAAUCCCUUAGUCAGAUGGGAUGUUUGUAAGGCUUCAAGGAGCAAUGGUGGCCUCGGCAUUAUUGAUCUGGCCAGCUUUAACAGUGCUUUGCUUGCUAAAUGGGCCUGGAGGUUUGCCGCAGAACAGGAGGGUUGGUGGAGAAGCCUUAUCUCAAUUAAAUAUCCCAACUCUUUGUCCUCUUGGCAACCUGGUCACAUCCAUGGAGGCUACUCGAAAUCAGUUUGGUCCAACAUCAACAGAGAUUUUGAUAAAUUCUGGAAACUUGCAUGCUUGGAUCCUGGUUGCGGGUCAGACGUUUCUUUUUGGCAUGACAACUGGUGUCCCGGUAGCACUCUUGCCUCUAGAUACCCCCGUGUUGCUGCUGCCGCUUCACAUCCUGCUGCCCGGAUCUCAGAUAUGUACCAUCGCUCAGGUGAGAUAGUAAGGUGGGAUUUUCCUUUAAAUCUUUCUCUUAGGGGGGGUGCUGAGCGAGAGCAUCUUGACCUUAUGAGCUUUCUUAACUCUUCUGCUGCUGGUCGUGUUACUAAUGGUCCCGGUAGGCUGGUUUGGCUUCCAAAUCCAGACUCUGGUUUCUCUGUCUCUUUUAUGUACAGGACUCUGGCGGAUGAUCUUUUUCCGGGGGUCGCUAAUUAUCCAGCCGCGUCUAUUUGGAAGUCAAUAAUCCCCACCAAGGUGUGCUUUUUUCUAUGGACAUUGUCGCAUAUGAAGCUGCGUACGAUUGACAAACUGAAGAGUUGGGGAUUAGCUCUUGCGAACAGAUGUGAUCUAUGCAAAUGUCAAGAAGAGACCGCUAACCAUUUAUUCGUGAAUUGCGCUUUUGUUCGUGAAGUUUGGCUUGGAAUCAAGAGAGCAUGCCCACUCGUGGAGUCGCCGUCUGGUGACAUUGUCACGGUUCUGCAGACUUGGCCAUCGGGGGUUCUGGAUAAUGUGAACUCUUGGUUUUCGUAUGCAGCGCUCCAUUCUGUUUGUUGGCACGUCUGGCGGGAGAGGAAUCGGCGCAUCUUCAAUGACUCCAGUAGCCCUGCCAGAAUCGUUUCCAGGAAUGCGUGUAAGGAGGCUAUUGAUUGGAUUUCUGCUCAUAACAAAGCGGACAGGAGUAUUUGUUCACAGUGGCUCAAUGAGAGAAUUCAGAGAAUCUGAUCCUUCUUGUUUGUGGUUGCUCUGCUCUUCGUUCUGGAUUGUGGUUCCUCUUGGACUUCUGUCUGUAUCUUGGUUGCCCGGCUUUUCCCUUUUCUUCUGUAACCGCUGGUAGGGGUGGUCUCGUCCAUCUAACCUUGCGGGCCUUUGGUUGGCUUUCCUUCUUUUCUGGGUGGCCUGAGAUCAUUUCUAGUGAUCUCUUCUGCCCUUGUGAACUCUGUUCUGUUUUCUUUUUGUUUAAUCUCAAUCACCAUUAUCAAAAAAAAAAAAACAAUUGAAUAAAUCAUUUAACGAGACUUGCUUUCCAUCAUAGGUUGAGGAGAUGCUUGAUCAUAAAUUCACAAUACUAAAUUUUCCUGAACAGAAACCAGCUACAAAGGCACCACAAGGUGCUAAAAAUCUCUAACUGAAGAGAUUAAAAUAUGUCAAGAGAUAUAGUCGGACUUCACCGAAAAUUCCACAUCAAUAAUGAAAAUUCCACAUCAAUAAUGUGGUUUCAACCUGAAGAAAGAGAGUUAAUUCUGAGAAGUAAAAAUAUUGGAUAAAAUCCAAUAAAAAAUGGAUAAGAAGAUGAGAAAUUCAAACCGGGAAUAAAAGGAAAAGAAUAGCCAUAGACACUACCAAAACAGAUAAGGCCAUAUUAAAUUAUAGAAAUUAGC